CUAAACGACAGUGUGAAUGCCCUGGAGACCAAGAUAUCGACCCUUUCGCCUGAUGUCAGCCAAUUAGCAGACAAGGCCAGGAAAGAUGCCGAAGCAAUAGACGUUCUCAUGCGCGAUGCAGAACGGGCCAGAAGUCAGGCAAAAAACAUGCUUCAAGACUUACAGAGCCUUGAGGUUAGAUUAUGUUCUUCCGGAUGGGACUUUGGAAGGAAUUCUAGUUAA